AUGAGUCAGCAGUUUUCCUCUUUCAUUAAACUAAAAAUAUUCCAAUCGAAUCAUGCUGGACAUGAUUCGAAAAAUGGUUCCAGGUCUGAGACUAGCAGUGCGCCAUCAAAUGAGAAUAAGUCCGAGUCAUCCUUGAGCGGGUCGCCGCGUAAGAACAAAAUGGUGGAGGCGCUUGAUAAUGAGCUAAAUAAGCUUACGAUAAAGACGGAUGACAUACGCUUUGAGCCACCACAGUUGGUCAGGCCUGCAACAUUCUCUCCAGAGAGUCCUCAGUUUAACUUUGACAUAUCUAAUACAGACAAGGACAAUUACAGCCCCAGCACUGAUCAUACAAUACAUGAAGAUGGUGAGUAUGAUAUAAAUAAUACUAAGCAAGAUGAAACGACAGGUGCUCUUUCUGAAGGGCAUAGGAAUAUAAAAAAUGUAUUCCACAGACGACAUACAUCGGAUUCACUCACAGACAGCGAUUUGAGCACGAAUCAAAAGAAGACACAUGGGAAAUUUAGAAGGAUACGACAUAAGAUGAGUCUAUUGGAUAUAAAUUUCAAACUAAGUCCCAAAGGUAGUAGCACGGAUGUAACAAAGUUACGGGAUGAUGACAGUAAUCAGCAGAUUUCCAGGCGAGGAGAAUCAAAACUUAAAUCAAUGUCACAAGUGAAUUCAAAUGAGAGAUUACUUGCACCAAAGAAACAAGUUGCAGUUCAAUCCUUCAAUCCUUCAAAGAAAAGCAUGGAUUCUACGUUGUCAAGAUCAUCGGGUAAUCCAACUAUGAGUUCAAUGACUAAAGUACGAUCGGCAUCUUCAAAUGGUUCAAGCAAUUUACUGGUAAAACAUUACUCAAAUGAAAAGACUAAUCCUUUAAAACUGAGAAGUAUGAAAACUGCAAGUACAAUUUCACUAGAUCCGAUCCAAACAGAAUCUAUUGAUGAGAAUCUUGAGAAUAGUAAAAUAUCUCAAGUCUCUACCAAUAAGCUCAAGACCAUUAAUAGACGCAGAAGCCGUACAUUAGAUCUAUCUGAUUAUGUCAAAAAUAGGAAAGGUAGAACAUCAAAAUCUGUGGAAAUCAAUAGCAACGAAUUAUCAGAUAUCCGAUCCCAUAGUCUCUCAUUCUCUGGGAGAUCACCACUUAUUCUCUCCAGAACAAAUUCACAAAAUCAAUUGACCACAAGUUCUGAGAGGAAUUCUAGAGAUAGACCUAGAUCGCCUUAUGGAAACUUACCUGCUCCAUCUUCUAGUAGCAGCGCUACAACAGCAUCUAUUGGAGGAGGAAUUUCUUCUAGAAGAAGUAGUUCGAUUGUAAAUGCCUUGAGCAGCUUGGUUAAUCUUAAAACAAGCAGUGUGACGUCUUUCAAACAAGUCCCCUUCUCAAGCAAUAGUGGGCAACCUCAAGUUACUCUCGAUGAUCUUCCAAAACCACCUCCACCGGAAGGUAGCGAGUCCCAUGUUGAUUAUUUGAUAAGAAUAUCUCCAUAUGGGAAAUUCCUGGGCAUAAUAUUAGUUAAAAAGGAUGACCCUUUCAAUAGAAGGGCCCUAUAUCAUUUUCUGGACAAAUACUUCAAUUUAAAAACAGAUCCUAUAGAUGUGGCAUUAAGAAAGGUCCUUAUGUUUUUAGAACUGCCAAAAGAGGCGCAGGAGAUAGACAGGUUACUGACAGAACUAGGGAAAGUUAUAUUUGAUCAGCAGUCGGAAUCUUACGACCCUUGUGCUUGGGUUGAUGCUGACCAAGUGUAUUUCUUACUAUACUCGUUACUAGUUUUGCACACAGACCAAUUCAAUACUAAGAACAAAUUUAAGAUGACUAAACAGGACUUUGUCAAGUUAAUUAGGGAAGAUACGUAUUCAAAUGGGAAUAAAAUUCCAGCUGAGAUCUUAUCAUAUUACUUUGAUAAUAUUACUGUUCGAGAGUCGCCAAUAUUUGAUCUGCUUCCCCCCGUUGAGGUUUUUCCACUCGAGCAUGUGCAAUAUGGGGUUGAUAGAGCAGAAAUUGCUUACUCACCUAUGAGAAUCCUGCAAGAUCGCACUCUGAACUACGAAGGAGACUAUCAGCAUGUAAGUACUCCGCCAAAGUUGACAUCUAGGCCAACUUCAAGCUCAAUUUCUUCCUACUUUUCUCAGAACUCGACUACAUUAUCCGGUUCCACCAUUAUGCCAGUUACAUCUGACAUUGACAUAUAUGAGAAAAUAUUUACUAACGAGUUAAGAGAAGUAUCUUUGGAGCAUCAGGUUUCAAAAAUUUGGGACUAUACUGAAAAGGAUUGGCAUACUGUGACAGCAUCAUAUACUUCAAAUCAUGUCGGGUUUCAAAAUAGAUACAAGAAAUUUUACUCUAUAUUAAUGGAUUUCAAAGGUGGGUACAUCAGGAUACAUAAAAAUAUACUUAUGAAAUUAAACUUGCCAAAAUAUGAGUUGACUAAGGGUGAAGGUAUUCGAGAAGACGAUUAUUGUUAUUUAAAGAUUAUCCAGAUGGGUGAAAUUCAGACAUUUCAUCAAAAUAGAAAAAUACCACUAGUAGGUAGUAAAACAUCCAUAUGGAAAUCAGAAUAUGGUGUUUUAACAUACAUUGGUCUACUGGUUUUUGAAAAAAGCGACUGGAUAAACCCACAAGCUGAAAAAGAUGAACAUACAGGUGUAACUAACUAUAUUAUAGACUUUAAACCUGGUUUUUCUUUUGUUUCCAGUAAUGUAGAGUGUUUUCAUGGUAUGUUUGCAGUGAGAGAGAAAAAUGCAGUUGGGAGAUCGCAUUUUAUUAAGUUAUUAUCUCCUAACUCUGCAGGAGCUUCCUCCUCCAGAUAUAACGGAAGUGUCGGAAAUGAUUAUCUGGAUUCUGCUAUGUAUGGAGUUGAUAUAGCGCAAUCAGAAAAAGACCAAUCUGAUCCCAAUGAUCCAUUAGCUGACCUUUGUAAAGAAGAGAUGGAAGGGACAUUAGUUUUCUUGCACAGUGCUAAGAGGAAUUUGAUCUUCAAAUGCCCUUCUGUAAGUGCCAGAGAUAACUGGGUUGAUGCCAUCAACCUCAUAUCAGCCUAUGAUGGAUGUGACUAUGACCCUGCGUGUCUCGACAACACUUUAGUAUGCAAGAAAAAAUACUCUGUACAGGAACGUUUGGUAAGGUUGCACAGUAUGGAUGUGGAGAAGAGUUUCAAAUUACAUGAGCUUGAGACGAUACUAAUGUUCUUCAGACAGGCGAUCCCAAUUACCAUGAAGUCACGCAGUACUUUAAUUUCAAACAUUAAACAAAUUGCAACCAAGAUGGAUUGGUUGUUGUUCGAAAUUAAGAGGAGUCAAACUUUUGUUAAUAUCAUCAGUGAAGUUGAUGGAAGCUAUGAUAAUAUUUUUGGUAUUACAACAAAUGAUUAUCACAAUGAUGACGACAUUAGCGGUAUGAUCCCCAAUAUCAAUGGGAGCUUCCUAUUCACUGAUUAA